GUCAGACCCUUCAAUGAAGGCAUACCUUGCCGCGAAAUAUAUGUCGGGACCAAAGGCAGAAGCCAUCCUCUCACGAACGACUGGUCCGUCAAAGAAAAAGAAACGCAAAGUCGUGACUACAUCCUUCUCUACCGCUAGCUCGUCUAUAAUCAAAGACGACGACAUACUAGGCUGGGACAACGAUGCACGAGGUGGCGAGGAUGAAGAUAUGUCAGAGGCGGUCAUUGCUGAAGAUCGCGCUUUCAAGAAGCGGCAACGCACAGAAGAGGGCUCCGGUUGGGCUACGCUUCGCGAGGGGAGUCACGGCACAGAGAGCCCACCUCCAGCGGCGGACGAACAACCACAGCUUGUCCAAGAGGAAGAAAUGUCAACUGUUCGGGGUGGCCUCCUCACUUCCGCGCAGCUGAAGAAAACCCUUCCACGCGAAAAGCCCGUCAAAUCCUCCGAAGCGGAACGGCGAGAACGUGAAGCAGCGCAUGAGACCGUGUAUCGUGACACCUCUGGACGGCGGAUAGACACCGCAGUUGAGUAUGCAGAGGCUGCGCGGAAGAAGCGUGAGCGCGAGGACCAGGAGGCGCGGAAGAUGGAGUGGGGGAAAGGUCUGGUACAGCGGGAGGAACAGGAGAAGCGAAAGAGAGAGUUGGAAUCAGUGCGGUCGCAAACGUUUGCACGGACUCGAGACGAUGUGCAGAUAAACAUGGAGCUGAAGGCGCAGGAACGAUGGAACGAUCCUGCUGCUGCCUUCCUGACGAAGAAGAAAUCGAAGGGACCGAGGAGGCCCGAGUACACAGGGCCGCCGCCUCCUCCAAAUCGCUUUGGUAUCAAGCCAGGCUACAGGUGGGAUGGUGUCGAUCGUGGCAAUGGGUUCGAGAAGAAGCUUUUCCAGCACCAGAACGAGAGGCGGCGGCGUGGCCUCGAGAGCUACCAAUGGAGUGUGGAUGACAUGUAACCUGGGUGCUCCCGGACUAUAUGGGCAGUUCGCCGUGUGGCUGUGCUUCUACCUUGCGUAGAAGCGUUGCAUGUGGCACGUUUGGCCUUAUUCAUCCCUCGCUGGGGUAGGGUAGGUUUGCUAUGAUUCAUGCAAAGGCCAACCAGUUGACCCUCGAGAGGCCCUGACUACAAGAGAAGCCGGGACCAAAUGGUUGAAAGGUCAAUGUGGUAAACACCAUAACCUGGAAACGUCGGUCCCAGAGCCAUAUACCCUGCUUCGGACCAUCAGUUCAGCAAAGAUAUAUACCCGCAUCUCUUUGUGUAGUAGUCGGUCCCAUUUAUCCUUUUACCCCCCCCACCC